AUGGCGGAUGACUCUGAGUUCUCCUUCCAACUGCCCAGCAUGCCGUCGCCAGUGGCUCAACGGCCGCGGUAUCGCACGGAGCACUUUGCUGGCGACGACACACAGACAAGCAUCAACGCGUCGACGGCCAGUGCCCACGUUGCAUCGACGCCUGCCUUUAUGCGCUCGAGCACGGCUGGAGACCGCACGCUGUCUGACAUCAGUGCCAUCCAAGCUGAUACGACGUUUGCGUCGCCGCGGCAGUGGUAUGCCAGGCCGUCCACAGCAGCAUCUCAGGCGACCCCACGCCCGCACGAGCGAAGCAGGUUGGAGGAUCGUGUUCAGCACGCCGUGUCGCAACUGUCCCUGAUCACCGACGGCACGGACCUUGAUGCGACCAUCCACGUGGACUCGCCAUUUGAGACAAAGCGCCCCAAGACAUCGGCCAUCGGCGCAAUGGACGACCGGUCGCGCCUGACUGUGUCGCGUUACGGCGAUCUGACGACGCUCGAUGAGCCAACCAUCGCUGGCAGGCACGAGAGCGUUGAGGAGCAGUUUAUGCACGGGUUUCUGUCGAGCCAGGCCGGCAGCAACGGCCUCGGGCCCCUCCCCAUCCUUGCAUCUCGUCACCACCAGCACCAGCAGCAACACCAGCGCCAAUUUCAGCAGCAGCAGCAGCGCUACCAGCAAGGAUUGCAACGCCCAGGCUCCAUCCCUUCCCUCUGCGUUCACUUUGCAGACAUUUUCAAACAGUCGCUGGCGGAGCUGUCAGACGACAUGACACUUGCUGGAAAACCAAAGUUUGAGGAGUUGAUCAACUCAAUCAAGCGGCAGAAGGAAUCGCGCGCCACCUGGCUCCUCCUCAACGACGUGAUGCAACUCCACGCAUCCAAGGAUUCUCGUCCAUCGCCGUCCACGCCGACCGCCGCCCUCGCCAAGUCCGAGAAGGAGAAGGUUGAGCGCUACUUUCCCCUCAAGGACUUUGACCUGACGGUGUACCGGGCGGUCGUGUCGUGGCUGGAGCAGGUGGCUGCGGAGGACUUUGAGGACUACAUUGGCGAAGUGCUGUAUGAGACAGACGACGUGGCCUGGCGCCACACCCUCGCCGCCAUCCUCGCCGCUGACGCCAACACGCCAGACCUCGUCAAGGCGCUUGAUCCUGACGCUGUGUCGCGGACGGGCGGGCGAUUGGACGCGACGGACGCGAGCGAGGAGGCCGUCUUCCUCAAGCGCAUCUUCACCCUCAUCCGAUGCGGCAGGCUCGACAUGGCCAUCAAGCUGUGCCAAUCCUGCAACCAGCCGUGGCGCGCAGCAACACUCAUGGCGUUUCAGCCGACGGCCGCGGCAAAGACGGCGGGUGCACUGCAGACGAAGCAGGACGUGCAGCGGGGCAACCUCCUCGAGCGUGCGUGUUUGUCGCUGAUUGAGAACCGCUCGACGGACAAGCACGAGCGCGGGGUGUAUGCGAGCCUGAUGGGCAAGGCGACGCCUCUGCUUGAGCUGUCUGCCAGCUGGCAGGACGCGCUGUGGGCGCUGCUGCGCACACGCGUGCUUGAACGCGAGCGAAGCGCUGCCGAGGAGCUGGCAGCCGGCGGCGGUGGUGCCAACGACACGGGGCCGCAGUUGGGGCCAGAGGAUGUGGAGGCGAUUGUUGAGACGCUUGAGGACCACAGCAACGACCAGAUUCGCAACGGCGCACGCACCAUCCACGCGAGCGUGCAGAAGGCAAUCAUCCUCGGGCGGCCAUGGUCGUGUCUGACGGCCAUCAAUGGCCAGAUUGACACGUUCCUGCGGGAGUGCCGAGCAGCCGAGGAGACGCAGCACUACAUUGCACCCCUCGACGAGACAAAACCGCGCCUCAACAAGUCGGAGGAGGCGGCCAAGGUUGCACCGUACCUGUGCCACUUUGCACACCUCGCCCUCGUGCUCAGGGAGCUUGGGCGGACGGGGCUGGGUGAGGACGCAGACGCGUCUGCACACGAGACAGAGAUUGAUGACAUCAUCGAGGCGUACGUGUUUGACCUCAUUGACAAGCACAUGCACUCGUGUGUCGCCGUGUACACAUCCCAGAUUUCGGACGAGGAGCGCCAAAUUGCCAUCUACUCGUUCUACCUCGCGGGCAUCACGGACGGGCGGUUGAAAUCGCACUGCCUGGAGGAAGCGCGCAAGGCCGGGCUGCCCAUGGCCGAAAUCACGCGGGCUGUGGUUGGACGUGUGCGGGAGCACGACAAGCAAGCGGAGGAGGAGUCGCCGAGCGCUGGCACUGUCAGCGCUGCCGACAUGGCUGUGAUCAAUGCGUUGGAGUGGCUGCUGCAGGAUCCACAGCAGAAACUCCACGCCCUUCAGGAGACAAACGCCGUUCUCCGCGGCUUCCUCCUCAAAGACAAGCUGGCGGCUGCACGCGAACUCCUGUACAAACACGUCAUCCCUUCAAAUCUCGCAGCCUUUUCCGACGCCGCGCUUGCGAGCGACGUUGUUCUGCGCAGCGCCAUCAACGAACACGUUUCUCUCCGGGCGUAUGUGGAUGCCGACGAUGCGUUUGAGGUGUGGCGCCAUCACACGUACGAGAUGCGCCCAACACCACCAGCCACCCCGGGACAGAUGUCAACGGGCACUUCGCUGCGCGUUUUGCAGAGCGAACAAGAGCAGCGCGUCUUCAAGAACAAGCAGGACAUCUGGGAACACAGGAGACACAAAUACACACAGACGGCGGUGUCGAAGCUGAUGAAUGUCAUUCGCAUGGAUGCAUGGAUGCUGGACGAGGAAGGCAGCGCAGACGCCAGCGAGGAGUCGAGCGGGGCCCGACAGGCGGCGAUGGCGGCGCUGCGACGCAAGUGUCUGCCGCAAUCCUGUCUUCGCAUCAUGGACAUCUUCUACGAUGUGGAGGAGGCAGAUAAGCCGCAGCUCGUUUCGUUCCUCACAAAGGUCCGGCGCGCGUCGCUGCGUCUUCUCGAGCGCGGUGACGAUCUACUCGGUGUCGCCGAUGCAUAG